AUGGUGGGACUGCAGGCAGGAGCUGAUCAGUCCACACACACUGUGGCCAAUGGAAUCAUGGAUCUAUCAGAAUACUACUACUGCCAUCAUGUGGAAACUCUUCUCAUCUGCAGCUUCAUAAGAAAGGCACAGAAGCACAAGGAGCACAAGGAGCAGGAGGAGCACGAGGAGCAGGAGGAGCAUGAGGAGCACGAGGAGCACGAGGAGCACGAGGAGCAGGAGGAGCAGGAGGAGCACGAGGAGCAGGAGGAGCACGAGGAGCAGGAGGAGCACGAGGAGCAGGAGGAGCAGGAGGAGCACGAGGAGCAGGAGGAGCACAAGGAGCAGGAGGAGCAUGAGGAGCAGGAGGAGCAGGAGGAGCAGGAGGAGCACGAGGAGCAGGAGGAGCACGAGGAGCAGGAGGAGCAGGAGGAGCACGAGGAGCAGGAGGAGCAUGAGGAGCAGGAGGAGCAGGAGGAGCAGGAGGAUUUUGAGGAGCACGAGGAGCAGGAGGAGCACGAGGAGCACGAGGAGCACGAGGAGCCAGGACGGAGACACAAGCAACAGUGUAACAAGAACAGAUGCUUCACUGGACUGUGCAGAGGCUUCUGA